AAAUGAGAUGAUUUGAGCGGGGGACCCAUUCGCAAAGAAAGAACAAAAAACUCUCUCUCGUAAUCACGCAUCAUCACACCAACUUCUUCUUCUUCUUCUUCAUCAUCAUCAUCAUCAAUGUAAAACUCCCAGAAACAAUCCUUACCUUACUUUCCUUUCACACUGAUUCUCCCCUCUCCCACUUGUUCUCUCAUCUCAUCAUCGGUUCUUUGUCCAUACCUUUUGCUUCCUCUAGUCAUGGCGUAUCACUCGAUUCAGGGCUACUUGAAUUCUCCUUUUGGUGAUACAACAACCUUCACCAAGGUCUUCGUUGGUGGCCUUGCCUGGGAGACUCAAAGCCACACUCUUCGUCGCCAUUUCGAACCUUACGGUGAUAUCCUCGAGGCCGUCGUUAUUACCGAUAAGAACACUGCUCGAUCCAAAGGUUACGGCUUUGUGACUUUCAGAGAUCCAGAGGCUGCUAGGAGAGCCUGUGUUGAUCCAACACCUGUUAUAGAUGGCAGACGUGCGAAUUGUAAUCUCGCUUCUCUUGGGAGGCCUCCUCGUCUUCCAACGCAAUAUGCGGUGACGCCCUUUAUUCCUGGACGGAUAAGACCUGCUUCCCCGUAUGUUGGAAGUGUGCAGGGUUCUCGCGGUUCCCUCAUUGGAAGCCAUUUGUAUCAGCAACCGCAUGCUUAUAGCUACCAGCAAGGAGUGAUGUACCCUUAUGGAAUAAUUCCAGAGGAUAUGUGGCCGAGAUCAAUUUGUUUUGGACAGGAAAGGGCUACUACACCAUAUGGACCUGAGUACAUGUACUCACAGUCUCAGGGCUUAUAUGGUCCUUACACUGGGCAACCGUACCUUCAGGUUUAUGGAGUACCUGGGGCAGUUAACUCACCAGGCUACCAAUACGGGCAACUGAGUCAAAACAUCUCUGUUGGUCAUGGCUAUACAGCGGUACAGGGCUAUUCAGUUCCAGGAAGUCAUAUUCAAUCUCCAUACCCUUCAGCUGUAGCAGGUCCUUCCCCAACGCAGUCCUAUCCUCAGUAUAUGCAGAGUAGCGGUUCUGAUCAAACAACAGGGUGAAAAAACUCAAUCAACGUAACAAGCUAGGUGGACAAAGAUAUAGCAUAUAUAUAUGUAUAUAAAUUUAAAAGAUGUACAGAUAGAUGCAUAUAGAAUGGUGGAAUCACAAAAUCUGAUUCUUUUGGUAGUUACAGUAGUCUUCUUACUUCACACUUUCUCAAGGCAUAGGAGUGUGUGUGUUAGUAAGAAGAUUGUUAGGUAGCAUUUUUUUAAUGUCCUAUUGAGUCGAGUCCUCUGCAUUGUAAAUAGAAUUAAUGUGUAUUGAGCUCACUCACUUAGGUUCAUAUCUUUGCAUAUAUUAUAACUCCCAGGACUCUUCUCUUUUACACGUAUGUACAGUUACUAAAAUGAUAAAUUGUUAUAUCAGAAUCUUCUUAUUGUUUC